AUGGUUGCAUUCAAAGGUCGUUCAUCAAUGAUACAAUUUAUGCCACUGAAACCAAUAAAACGAGGCUUUAAAGUUUGGGCUUUAGCUGAUUCUCAAAGUGGAUUUUUAUUAAACUUUGACGUGUACACAGGAAAAACAGAUGGUAAUGUUCCAUAUGGUUUGAGAGAAAAUGUGGUUCUUUCGCUAACUGAUACAUUUAAAAAUAAAUUUUAUUGUAUUUAUUUUGAGAAUUUCUUUACAAGUAUACCACUCAUCUCUACACUUUUAAUGAAAAAUGAUAAAAAAUAUAUGCCUGGUGAUAUAGAGUAUGCACAAUCAAAAAACAUUAGUGUGAUGAGAUGGAAAGAAAAAGUUGUAAAACCAAAUACAUUAAUUAGUAAUAUGCAUAAUGCAUCAGAGUACACUAUGAUCAACAGAAAAAAUAAAAAAGGAGAAAAAAUUGCAGUGAAAUGUCCAGUAGGUAUAUCGGACUACAACAAGCAUAUAGGUGGUGUGGACUAA